AUGGCGGAGAUCCCGGUGAUCGACCUGCGCCUCGCCGGCUCGUCGCCCGAGGAGUCCGCGCGGCUGCGGGCCGCGUGCGAGCGCCUGGGCUGCUUCCGGGUGACCGGCCACGGCGUGCCCGCGGGGCUCCUGGCCGAGAUGAAGGCCGCCGUGCGCGCGCUCUUCGACCUCCCCGACGACGCCAAGCGCCGGAACGCCGACGUCAUCCCCGGCAGCGGCUACGUGCCGCCCAGCGCCGCCAACCCGCUCUACGAGGCCUUCGGGCUCCUCGACGCCGCCGCGCCCGCUGACGUCGACGCCUUCUGCGCCCGCCUCGACGCGCCGCCCCACGUCAGGGAGACCGUCAAGACCUACGCGGAGAAGAUGCACGACGUGAUCGUUGGCGUCGCCGGCGAGCUGGCCUCCAGCCUGGGGCUGGAGGAGCACUCGUUCCAGGACUGGCCGUGCCAGUUCCGCAUCAACAGGUACAACUACACGCAGGAGACGGUGGGCUCCUCCGGCGUGCAGACCCACACGGACUCGGGCUUCCUCACCGUGCUCCAGGAGGACGAGUGCGUCGGCGGCCUCGAGGCGUGGAGCAACGGGAGGCUGCACAACGUGAAGCACCGGGUGCGGUGCGUCGCGCCCGUGCCGCGCAUCUCCGUCGCCAUAUUCCUGCUCGCGCCCAAGGACGACGGCGUGAGCGCCCCGGAGGCGUUCGUGGACGCGGACCACCCGCGCCGGUACAAGGCGUUCAACUACGACGACUACCGGAGGCUCCGGCUGUCCACCGGCGAGCGCGCAGGCGAGGCGCUCGCGCGGAUGGCGGCGUGA